AUGAAAAAACGUAGCAGAGUUGACACAGAGCACCGUCCUUUCAAGUGCACACACUGCCACUGGGCUUUUAAGAAACUCUGCAGUUUGCAGAGUCACUUACAAACACACACUGGCCUCAAGCCACAUGUCUGUGAUAUAUGUGGCAAGGCUUACUCCCAUCAGGGCACGCUGCAGCAGCACAAGCGUCUACACACGGGUGAGAGGCCCUAUCACUGCCCCUUCUGUGUCAAGACCUAUAUCUGGUCCUCAGAUUACCGCAAGCACAUCCGCACACACACCGGUGAAAAGCCCUAUGUCUGUGACACGUGUGGCAAGAAUUUCAUUCGCUCCUCUGACCUACGGAAACAUGAGAGGAACAUGCACACUAAUGACAAGCCCUUCCCAUGCACGUACUGUGGCAAGACCUUCAAUAAACCCCUCUCCCUGAAGCGUCAUGAGCGUAAGCACCUGGGAGAGAGGCCCUUCUCCUGCCCUGACUGUGGGAAGGCAUUUGCUCUGGCCAGUCGUGUGGCAGAGCACCGGAAGAUCCACAUGGGAGUGCGCCCAUAUGUCUGCUCAGUGUGCUCCAAGUGUUUCACUAAGUCCUCCAACCUGACCGAGCAUGAGGCCAUUCACAGUGGAGCACGGCCCCAUAAGUGCACAGAGUGCGGUGUAGCAUUUGCCAUGGCUUCCCGCCUCAUCCGUCACCAGUACACCCACAGUAAAGAGAAACCCCACAGCUGCAUGGCCUGCAACAGGAAUUUUAGCCAAUUAAAAACACUGAGGCUUCACCAGGAGCAAACCUGUGCUGCAAGGAUCUUUGUUUGUGUGAAAUGUGACAAAUCUUUCCAGUGUGCCACAAAGCUUGCACAACACAUGCUGAGCCACAAGGAUAAGAACAUCUGA